AUGGAGAUGAGGGAUACCAUGCGACAGCAGCGGCGGAUUAAACAGGCCAUUCAAUUUCUUCACAAGGAUUCAGCAGACCUGCUGCCAUUGGACGGGCUGAAUAAAUUGGGAACAUCAAAGGAAUGGCAACCACACACCAUUCUUCAAAGGCGCAUUCUGGAGGCUAAUUUGUGCCACAGCAAAAGUAACAACAACCAUGGUGGCCCCAAGCAGCUCCAUAACAACCCCUGCCGCCCUCUCCUCCGCACGGCCAGGGAGGAGGAGGACAGCGAGCUGGUACACGUGGUGGGAAAGUGUUGUGGGCGAGACGUGCCUAUUCUGGUCGACACUGGCUGUGCUGUCAAUCUGAUUUCAACUGUUAGUGUGGAGAAGAUGGGUGUAAAGGACAAAGUUGUUCUGAGCAAAACGGAGCUGGAUAACCAAACCAUGGCUGUGUGCAACAUACACACGCAAGGACACGUUGAUCUGAGUCUGUCCUUUGGGCAGGUGAAAGCAGACAGCACCUUCAUAGUUGUAGAUCCACUCUAG